CCAGACGAGUUCCUCUAGAGCUGCUGCAAGUGUCUUUCUAUCCUUUCUUGCCGAGCCGACUCCCCCUACCUCCUCCUCCGCUUGCAGAAUUGUAUAAAGAACAAAAAUCGGGCUGGGAGGGGGGUUGAUACGCCGAAGCUGAAAUCGAGAGGCGAACCCAGGAAAGAGGAGUAUUUUGUACACGGGACUUUCCCCCCCUUCGUCCCUAAAAAGGAGGGGGAAAAGUCAUAUUUUUAAAAGCGUUAUUUUUAAAACCGAGGAUUACAAAUAGGCUUAGGCGCCUAUCUCUGGGGAUAUAUAUUUUAAUUCGUUAAAAAAUAUGGCCGAGAACGUUCUGGACUCUGGCCCGCCUUCAGCCAAGAGGCCUAAACUGUCCUCCCCGGCGCUCUCUGCUUCAGCCAGCGAUGGAAACGACUUCGGCUCGCUGUUUGACUUGGAGCACGACCUCCCAGAUGAGCUUAUUAGUACGUCGGAGUUGAAUUUGGCCAAUGGAGGAGACCUCAGUCAGCUGCACACCAGUUUGGGUGGUGGGGGUGGGGCUGUUGGAGGAGUCAUGUCCAGCGGCCAGGAUGCAGCAGCCAAGCACCAGCAGCUCUCAGAACUCCUCCGGCACGUAUCCACACCUGGAGCGCAACAGCAGCAGCAGGGAGCAAUGGGCAGCCCAGCUGGAACCUCAAUUUUUGGGAACGUGAAGGCUUCUCCAGGUCCCCAGGGCAUGGGCACACAAGGGCAGCAACAUCUUUCCCCUCAACAGGCCACACUUAUGCAGCAGCAGAUGGCAGGGAUGGUGGGCAAUAUGAACAGAAAUAUGCUCGGACCUCAGAAAGGAAAUGGACAGCAACAGGCAGGAGGGCCCUCUCCCCAGCCUCAAAGCAUGCUGGGGGGGCAGAUGAUGAAUGGUUCACCCAGAAUGGGACAUCAUAACCCGGGCAUGGGCGGCAACGGUAACCUGUUAGCAGAGGCUCUUCAGCAGCAGCAGACCACGGGUGGUCAGGGUGGUCUCAGGGCUCAGCAGCCCGGAGCGAUGAACAAGAUGGGGAUGAAUGCAGGUUCAGGCCCCUAUGGAGGCUCAUACGGUCAGCCUGCCAGUCAGGGUCUUGGUGUUACAGGGCUGGCCCCUCAGCUCCAGAACAAACCAGGUCUGCCCAACAGUUCGGUCCAGUUUAACCUCGAUAAGAAACCUCAGCCUAUGCAAGGCAUACCUGGCAUGGCAUCUCAGCCUUCCCCUGCAGGCGCUGCUGGAGUCGCAGGAGCAUCCGGCAUGCUGCCCAACACUCAAGGAACUCUCGGGCCUGGAGCAGCUGCCUCAGCAGUGACCGCAGGAGCAGUGGGUGGUGUGCCUCCAGCAGCCGACCCAGAAAAACGCAAACUCAUACAGCAGCAGCUGGUGCUUCUGCUCCACGCCCACAAGUGCCAGCGACGAGAGCAAGCCAAUGGGGAAGUACGGCAGUGCAACCUGCCCCACUGUCGUACCAUGAAGAACGUCCUCAACCACAUGACGCACUGCCAGGCUGGCAAGUCUUGCCAAGUGGCACACUGUGCCUCAUCCAGACAGAUAAUCUCUCACUGGAAGAACUGUACGCGGCACGACUGCCCUGUGUGUUUGCCUUUGAAAAACGCAGGUGACAAGAGGAAUCAGCAGAGUCUCUUGAGCUCUGCAGGUGUAGGAUUAAGUAAUGCUUUGGGUAACGUGACCGGUGGCCCACCCAGUGCCUCCAAUCUCAACACUCCUGGGCAGAUUGACCCCAGCUCCAUUGAGCGAGCUUACGCAGCUCUGGGCCUCACAUACCAGGGAAACCAGGCACCCACCCAGGCUGUUCAGCAAGCAUCACGGACACUGAACACCAUGGGAUCGAAUCCCAUUGGAGUAAAUGGGGCAGUGGGCGGUCAGUCUCAGAAUCAGCAGUCAAACCUCCUGCAGGACACAAUGUUACAUCUGAACUCUCAGAGUCUGAUGAAUGACAAUCCUUUGGGGUCUAUGCCUGUGGCCAACCCACCUGCCAGUGUUGGCAUGAGGAAGAGCUGGCACGAGGACAUCACCCAGGAUCUGCGCAACCACCUGGUGCACAAACUAGUACAGGCCAUUUUUCCAACUCCAGACCCAGCUGCACUGAAGGACCGGCGCAUGGAGAAUCUAGUGGCCUAUGCACGUAAAGUCGAGGGGGAUAUGUAUGAGUCUGCUAACAGCAGGGCGGAGUAUUACCACCUGCUUGCUGAGAAGAUCUACAAGAUCCAAAAGGAACUUGAAGAGAAACGAAGGACACGGUUACAGAAGCAGGGCAUGAUGCCCACACAGCCUGGAAUGCCUCCCACUGGCCUGCAGCAAGGUCCUGCUGGGAUAGGUCAGCCAGGGGCACCCACAGGACUGCCACAUAAUGGUCCUCUCUCAGAUCCUUCUAUGGUGAGGCCUACAGGAUCAAACCAGAUGAUGAACAGGAUGCAGAAUUCUGCUGGGAUGAAUCCAUUCAACCAUAUGGGAAUGCAAAACAUGAGCCAGAGAUCUACACCACCUCUUCAAAUCAGUACGCCUCUUAACCAGGUGAACAUGGGCACUGGGAGGAUGCCACAGCCGAAUGUUACACAGAUGCAGAAUCAGUACAUGCCUACUGGACAGUUCCCAGGUUCCAGUCCUGUUCGCGGUCCUGGAUCUGUUGAGAUGGCACACCAGGGAAAUGAGAGUGGCAUUACUCAACAAGGGCAAAUGUCUACCAUGUCAGCUCUGCCUGCUGGCAGUCCUUUAGCCCAGCCUGGGUCUGCUGGAGUGGCUGGCAGCGGACCCUCGGUGGGCUCACUGGGUCCGAACAGCGUGGUUGGGGUCCAUGCUCCAUCCACACCAUUGCAGUCCAUCAGCCUCCCGCACUGCCCACCCGUCCACCAGAAUUCUCCGUCCCCGGCACGGAGCCGCACACCCACACCCCACCUCACGCCGCCUUCAGGCCUGCCAGGCUCCCUGACGCCCCAGCCCCACACCCCCGGCGUACCCCAGUUAGCCACGACCGGCAGUCAGCAGGAGUCACAUUCGUCCACCGGUUCUGACAAUGCCAUGCAGCUUCAGCAGCAGUCAUUGGGAGGAACUCCAACCACGGUGUCUCAGAGUGGCCGCUCCACACCAAACGCUGGCCAGCAUCCUCGCACUCCAUUGUCUCAUAAGGGUUCUGUAGCAAUAGAUGGCCAGGCUGCAACCCCUGCCUCUGUCAGCAGUACAGAUGCUUCAUUCCAGCAGGGUCCCACUGACACCACAGCCAGCCUGGAGCACAAACUUAAAGACGAGGAAGAUGAUGAAGAAGCCAUGAUGGGAGGGAAAAUGUUAAAGCAGGAAGACAUUAAAACAGAGAAAAAGCUUGAGAUAAAGAAAGAAGAGCCAUUGAGUGAUAAUUGUAAAGGUAUGCCAAUGGAGACAUCAUCUGCUCCGGGUGGAGAGGAUAAAAAGCCAGAGCUGAAAAUUGAGCCGAAAAAAGAGGAGGAGGGUUCAGGGCCAGCGGUUACUCCCAGCUCGGUGUCUGGAGUCAACAAAAAGAAAAUUUUUAAACCAGAGGAGCUGAGGCAGGCCCUGAUGCCAACACUGGAGUCUCUUUACCGCCAGGACCCUGAAUCUCUGCCUUUCCGUCAACCUGUGGAUCCUUCACUGCUGGGAAUUCCAGACUAUUUUGACAUAGUCAAGAAUCCAAUGGACUUGUCAACGAUCAAACGGAAGCUCGACACAGGCCAGUAUCAGGAGCCGUGGCAGUAUGUGGACGACAUCUGGCUAAUGUUCAACAACGCCUGGCUCUACAACCGCAAAACGUCACGGGUGUAUAAGUACUGCUCCAAGCUGGCUGAAGUUUUUGAGCAGGAGAUUGAUCCAGUCAUGCAAAGCCUCGGCUACUGCUGUGGGAGGAAGCUCGAGUUUUCUCCUCAAACUCUGUGCUGCUAUGGGAAGCAGCUGUGCACUAUACCACGAGAUGCUGCUUACUUUAGUUAUCAGAACAGUUCACCAAAAUAUGGGCUUCUUGCUGACAGGUACCACUUCUGUGAGAAGUGUUUCAACGAGAUCCAGGGUGAUAGUGUGUCCUUGGGAGAUGACCCAUCUCAACCCCAGACAUCGAUCAACAAGGGUCAGUUUGAGAAGAAGAAAAAUGACACACUCGACCCUGAACUAUUUGUGGAAUGUAUGGAUUGCGGCCGUAAAAUGCAUCAAAUCUGUGUUUUGCACAAUGAAACUAUCUGGCCAUUAGGAUUUUUAUGUGAUGGCUGUCUGAAGAUGUCCAACAAAAACAGAAAAGAGAACAAAUAUGCUGCUAAAAGGCUUCCACAGACCAAACUAGGCAACUAUUUGGAAGGACGAGUUAAUGACUACCUAAAGCAACAUAAUCACCCAGAGUCUGGUGAAGUCACUGUUCGUGUUGUUCAUGUCUCAGACAAAGUGGUGGAAGUCAAACCAGGAAUGAAGUCCAGGUUCGUGGACAGUGGAGAGAUGUCAGAGUCUUUUCCAUACAGAUCUAAAGCUUUAUUUGCGUUUGAGGAUAUUGACGGUGCUGAAGUCUGUUUCUUUGGAAUGCACGUGCAAGAGUAUGGGUCAGACUGUCCACCCCCUAAUCAAAGGCGGGUUUACAUAUCCUACCUGGACAGUGUGCACUUUUUUCAGCCACGCUGUCUGAGAACAGGAGUGUACCAUGAGAUUCUUAUAGGGUACCUGGAGUAUGCCAAAAAACUAGGGUUUACAACAGGACACAUCUGGGCCUGUCCUCCUAGUGAAGGAGAUGACUACAUCUUCCAUUGUCACCCUGCAGACCAGAGGAUACCCAAGCCCAAGCGUCUCCAGGAGUGGUAUAAGAAGAUGCUGGAUAUAGCUGUAGCAGACCGCGUGGUGCACGACUACAAGGACAUCUUUAAACAGGCAACUGAGGAUCGUCUUACCAGCGCCAAAGAACUGCCCUAUUUUGAGGGUGAUUUUUGGCCCAACGUGCUUGAGGAGAGUAUCAAAGAACUGGAGCAGGAGGAGGAAGAAAGGAAGAGGGAGGAGAAUAGCACGUCCAACGAGAGUGUUGAUACGACAAAAGGUGACAGCAAAAAUGCCAAGAAAAAGAACAAUAAAAAGACAAGCAAGAACAAGAGCAGUUUAAGCCGAGCCAACAAAAAGAAGCCGGGGAUGCCAAAUGUGUCCAACGACCUUUCACAGAAACUCUAUGCCACCAUGGAAAAGCACAAAGAGGUGUUCUUUGUUAUCCGGCUGAUGGCUGGGCCCAAUUCCAAUGCUCUUCCGCCCAUUGUUGACCCGGAUACUUUGAUGGCUUGUGAUCUGAUGGACGGUCGUGAUGCCUUCUUAACUCUCGCACGUGACAAACACUUGGAGUUUUCAUCUCUGCGGCGCUCCAAAUGGAGCACCAUGUGCAUGCUGGUGGAACUGCACAACCAAAGCCAGGAUCGCUUUGUCUAUACCUGCAAUGAGUGCAGGCAUCAUGUUGAGACUCGCUUUCAUUGCACUGUGUGUGAGGACUAUGAUCUCUGCAUCACUUGCUACAAUACGAAAGGUCACGAGCACAAGAUGGAGAAACUUGGCCUGGGCUUGGAUGAUGAAAGCAACAGCCAGGCUGCUUCCUCAACACAGAAUCCUGGAGACUCGCGCCGUCUCAGCAUCCAGCGGUGCAUCCAGUCUCUGGUCCAUGCUUGCCAGUGCCGCAAUGCAAACUGCUCGCUUCCAUCUUGCCAGAAAAUGAAACGCGUUGUUCAGCAUACCAAGGGCUGCAAGCGCAAGACCAAUGGCGGUUGUCCUAUCUGCAAGCAGCUAAUCGCACUCUGUUGUUACCAUGCAAAACACUGCCAAGAAAACAAGUGCCCUGUGCCAUUCUGCCUCAACAUCAAGCAGAAACUGCGGCAACAGCAGCUCCAACACAGGCUACAGCAGGCCCAGAUGGUGCGCAGAAGAAUGGCCAGUAUGCAGAGGACUGGCCAGCAGCUUCCAGGAGGCAAUGGUGGGAUGCCAUCUCCUGGGAACAAUAGUACUACUGGUCCUAGCACUCCAACACCGAGCACUCAACCCCCUACCCCACAGACACCCACUCAGCAAUGCCAGCCACCUGUGCCCCAGCCUGGGGUUGGAGGUGUCACAUCACAGCAGCAGCAACAACAACUGGCAGGAAUGGCUUAUCAGUACCAGCAAAUGUCUGGAGGUGGUGGGAUGAUGAACUCCCCUCAGACACCAAUGAUACCGCAGCAGCAACAGCCAACAUCAGUUCAGCAGCUUCAGCAUGCCAACAACCUUCCUUCAUAUGUGCAGAGACCACCGGGCUCAUCUCCACUUUCUCAGUCAAUGGGAAAGCCAGGUAUGGGGCUGAGUGGCUUCCCUCAACAGCAACAGGCAAACCUAGGACAGCCUGUGAUGUCACAACAGCAAUCACCUGGUCCCCCACCUGCUGCUGUUGAAAUUGCCAUGAAGAUUCAACAAAUGGCAGAGAACCAAAGGCAGAUGGCUCAGCAAAAGAUCUUGCAAAGAAACCAGGCACCGGGAAUGAUGCCGCAACAUGGCAUGCAUCAGGGUCCCCAAGCUCAAGGCCAGAUGGGCAUGAACCUUCCAGGGGCUGGAAUGGUUGGGCCUCAGGCAAUGCCGCCCCAGAAUCAAGCAGCGGUGGCUCGAGGUCACAUGGACCAGCAGCAGGGAAUGAUUGCAGCAGGCAUGUCACAACAGAUGGGACCUCAGACUCCAGUCCCUCAAGUCCAGUUGCAGCCGGGCCAGCAAGGAGGACCUCGGCUUCAAACCCCGCAGCAGCAGCAGCAGUGGGUGGGUUCUGCUAUGCCUGCUCAGCAGAGACCUGGGAUGAUGAACCAAAUGGGUCUGCAAGGCAUGAUUGCACCUCAACAGCAGCAGGCGGUUGGUCAACAGCAGCAACAAGGACUUUCUGCUGUGAUUAGUAUGAUGGUCGGACAAGCAGGGGCCACACCUGGAGCUGCUGCCACCGGAAAUCAGGCUGCCAUACAGGACCUCCUAAGAUUCCUAAGGUCACCCAGUUCACCCCAUCAACAACAGCAAGUCCUGAAUAUAUUACGCUCAAAUCCUCAGCUCCUGGCAACUUUUAUUAGGCAAAGGGCUCCCAGGUACCUUGGUCGAGGUGGCCCUGGAGCAGGAGGACCUGGUGGAGGUCCAGGAGUCAUGGAUGGCCAGCUAAUGAAUGUAAAUCCUGGUGCAGCUCAAGCAAGUAUGCAUAUGGGGCAGGGAACUGGCAUGCCGAUGAAUCAGCAGCAGCAACUGCAACUUCAACAGCGGCCAGUGAUGUCUGGCAAUUUGCAGCAACAACAACAGAUGGCAGCUUUGCAGCAGCAGCAGCAACAACAGCAGCAGCAGCAGCAACAACAGCAGAUGGCAGCUUUGCAGCAGCAGCAGCAACAACAGCAGCAACAACAGCAGCAAGGUGUUAUGUCCAGUCAGGGCGCAAACAUAUCUAACAUGUCUAACCCGCAGUUCAGAGAGAUGAUGAGGAGGCAUUUGCAACAACAACAACAACAACAACAACAACAGCAGCAGCAGCAGCAACAACAUAUAGGAAACCAUGCUCAGUUUCAGCCACCCCAGCAGCAGGGUUAUCUUAACCAAUCUGGAAUGCCUCUCCAGCAGCCUGGACCCCAACCUGGAGGUCUUCCACAGCAACAAGGAGUUACCCAACCUGGAACACAGCAGAACUACUCUGGGUCCGUGUCCCAUCAGCAGGUUGCAGCAGCUCUGCAACAGAGACUCCAGCUGCAUCAACAACAACAACAAAAUCAGCUGCAUCAACAACAACAACAACAAAAUCAGCUGCAUCAACAACAACAACUAAAUCUGCAGCAGAACGCUCUGGCAGGGUUGCAGGGUGCUGACGGAGGUCCUGGAGGUGGUGGUCCCCUCCAGCAGCAGCAGAUGCUAGCCACUCAGGUUGGGUCGCAACCCCCAGCCAUGCUCCAGCAAAGGCUCCUACAGCAACAGCCACACCUAGGAGGAGGGUCUCCUGCUCAGCACAACAAUCCCAUGAGCCCUCAGCAGCCACAGCAACAGAUGUCCCAGUCGCCUCAUUUGCAGGGCCAGCAGUUGUCCAAUUCCCUAAGCAACCAAGUCCGCUCACCCCAGCCGUCGCCUCGGCCCCAGUCACAACCACCAAAUUCAAGUCCAUCCCCCCGGAUGCAGCCCCAACCAUCGCCCCAUCGCAUAUCCCCCCAGAUCCAAACAGGGUCACCUCACCCCGGACAUCUUCCUCAGCACCACGGCAUGGUUGCCCCCCCACAUCCACAGCAGCAGCCGCAGCUUUCCCAGCAGGCUAAUGCUGUGGACCAAGGACCUUUUGGAGCCGAUCAGAGCGCAAUGCUUUCACAGCUAGGUGGGAUGGGAAAUUUGCAUGGGCAAGGGACAAAUGACAUGCUGGCUAAUAACCAAGAACGGGGGACAAAUAUAAGUCAUUAAAUUUACUGUUGCAGUGCGGACUGUGCCGAUCACCAGGGAUUGGUAGCAGACCAAGGAUUUACAAUGGCUGUCAUCAAUAGUAUUAUUUAAUAUUUUUCGUAUGUAAUUGAAAAGAACUGAACUUCCUAUGGGAGAUACUACAUGUGCAAGUCAACAUAUUAAGUUAAAAGAAUGGUAAGUUAUUGCUGUUAAUAUAUAAAUAUAUAUAUAUAUAUAUAUAUUUUUGCCAAUUGUGUUCAAAGGGUUAUGGGUUAAAGGAUGGGAAAUAUUUCCUCUUGAUAUAUGACUAGAAAUAUUUUUUGGGGUGAAGAUGUCUGCAUUUUAUAGAUAUUUUUUAAGAUUUUAAAAGUGGCAUGAAAUUAAAAACAAAAUGAGUAAAAAAAAUGGACUUUCGUUUCUUUUUCCUCCGUACAGUUGAGAAUGUCUCUGAUCUUUGAAGAAUAUUAAAUUUGUUCCUAAACAUGUAAUAAUGAUUAUGAUGGCAUUGUUAAUUACCGUUAUUUAUUACUCAACUCUUUGGUUGGCAAAUAGAUUUUUUUGUUCUUUUUUUGGACCGUUUAUGGCUAUUUGAAACUGCUCCAAUUCACGAAGAGUAUAUUUUUGUUAAUGAUAGAACCUGACUAUAAAUGGAUGAAUUUAUAUUCGUAUUCUACUUUUUUGUAUUUUUUUCUUUAAGGGUUGAAGGGGCUUAAAUUAAGUUUUGACAGUGUUUGGGAAACAAGAUGGUUUAUUGCAUGGGCAACAUCUGUCCUUCAUGCAUGUCACAGUUUUCCCAACUUCACACACCAUGUCUGAUGAAUGUGUUUUCUUUUAUGUCCUCAACAACGCAACCAUGAAAGUACUAAUAACACUAUAUGUGGUCAUAUGUGCAUAGAAAAUGGCUCUGAUCAAAAUGUUGGUCGGGGAAUAUAGGCUCUGCAAAAUCUUCACAUCAAUCUGUACAUGUUUUCUGAAUAAUGGGAUUUAAGUAAUAUUGUAUAGACAACAUCUGAACUGAAAAGAAAUUGUUUUUGUAAAAAUGUAUGUAAAUGGACAGAUGUUUCCUUCUGAAGAAAUGUGGGCAGUUUGAUAAAUAAAUACAGUCCAUGCCCGAAAGCACCAGUGCACCUUUGUGUGUAUACUGACAUUGGCUGUCAUUGUUUCAAGCCUGCACAAAAGUCAAGCAGGACAGAAACAAGUUGUGAAAUGUGCAAACUGGACAGUCUUUACCCAUUAAAUAAUUGUUCUCUAGAAAGUUAAGGGGGAGCUAGAUAACCACAUAACACUGGUUAUUUUAUAAAAAGGAGAACAAAACUUUUUUUUAUAUACAGAUAUAUUUAAUUUUAUUUUUUGAGAAUUAAAAAAACUUGAAGCUAUAAGAGGUGAUAUUAAAUUACACUUUUCAGAGAUGUAUUGAUGCAAAAUGACACUGCUGUCAUAACCAUGUACAUCCCACUUUGGGAAUGCUGAGAAAUAUCAUAGCAUUUUGAGGAAAUGUCUUAUGCGUGCAUAUAGAAGUGUAUAUACAUUAUGAUUCACUGUACAAAAACAUGGCAACUAAAACAUUUGCUUUGAUCUGUACUUUUUGUUUCAGACUGGAAAGCCAACCAUACAAUUUUAGUUUGAACCACUUUUCACUCGCUAACUCUUUGGUGCUUGCUGAGAGGAGCAAAGCACUUGCUAUGAUUUUUCUUUAUUUUUACUGUUUGGUUGGCCGGUUGUUUUUUGUUUUAAGUUAUUGUAGUCAGAUUUUUGCCAAUUAUUUAAUUGUACAUUAAAAUAUGUUUGUACCGUUCAAA